ACCCUUCGUUUCGUUUCGUUUUGUCUCUCUAGCGCUUCCACAAAUCGCUCGUUUAUUUCCUCUCUCUUCUCUCCUCCUCCUCGCCCCGUCGAUCGCCCCCAAAAUCCCGCAACGGUGGAAAAAAGGAAGAAUGUUUUCCUCGAUUUCUAAUCUUGAGAUUCUCUCGCGAGCCCCAUCGCCGGGAGCUUGAAUUCUUGCGCGAGCUCGGGGGUUCUGAGGAUCGAGAAGGCGCGCUCUUUCUAGGGUUUUGUACCCUUCUUUCCUGUCUUCUUUAGGGUUUUUUGGUUUCGAUCGGUAGUCAUUUACGUGUUGCUAGACCGGUUUACUCGAAUCCCCGCGGCAUUGGGGAUAUCUCGGUUGUUGCGUCGUUGGGGGUCUCCGUGGUUCGUGGAAACGAGGGCCCGGAUCGGGUGCGAUCGAUUGGAUUGAAGGGCUUGGAGAAGAAAGACGAGGUCUUGAUCCUUGGUCCCUUGGUCACGGUUUCUUUUUCCUUUUUCCCUUGCUGCACCCCCAUUUUCUUGCCCAGUUCCAUCUUGUGGCAAUCUGUCGAAUUUCAAGAAGGGAAAGGAGGCAUUUCUGAGACGGCAUAGAUCAGUUACGUUGAAGUAGCCCUGCAUGGGCGAUCAUGGAGAUUUGCCGCAGCCAAGUGGCCUGUUGCCUAAUGGCCUUUUGCCCAAUGAAGUGGCCUGUGUGACCCAAGUCCUUGAUGCGGAGAGGUGGUCUAAAGCUGAGGAAAGAACGGCGGAGCUUAUUGAUUGCAUUCAACCCAACAGACCAUCUGAGGAGCGCAGGAAUGCUGUGGCCAAUUACGUUCAGAGGCUUAUAACGAAGUGUUUCUCCUGUCAGGUUUUCACAUUUGGGUCUGUACCUCUCAAGACCUACUUACCUGAUGGAGAUAUUGACUUGACUGCAUUUAGUAAGGAUGAGAGUUUGAAGGAUACAUGGGCCAAUGAAGUCCGUGAAGUCCUAGAGAAUGAAGAGAAGAAUGAGAAUGCUGAAUUUCAUGUAAAAGAAGUUCACUACAUUCAGGCAGAAGUAAAGAUUAUAAAGUGUCUUGUAGAAGAUAUUGUGGUCGAUAUAUCAUUUAAUCAGCUUGGUGGAUUAUGUACACUUUGUUUCCUUGAACAGAUUGAUCAUAUCAUAAAUCAUGAUCACUUAUUCAAACGGAGUAUUAUACUGAUCAAGGCCUGGUGUUACUAUGAGAGCCGUAUAUUGGGUGCUCAUCAUGGCCUCAUUUCUACAUAUGCUUUGGAAACUUUGGUUCUAUAUAUAUUUCAUGUGUUCAAUAAUUCAUUUGCUGGACCGCUUGAGGUCCUAUAUCGUUUUUUGGAGUUUUUCAGCAACUUUGAUUGGGAUAACUUUUGUGUUAGCCUUUGGGGUCCUGUACCUAUUAGUUCACUUCCAGAUAUGGCUGCGGAACCUCCUCGAAAGGAUAGCGGUGAAUUGUUGCUCAGCAAGGUCUUUCUUGAUAUGUGUAGUACGGUAUUUGCUGUUAUGCCAGUUGGUCAGCCUUUUGUUUCGAAGCAUUUCAAUGUUAUCGAUCCUUUACGUAUAAACAACAACCUUGGACGCAGUGUUAGUAAAGGCAAUUUUUUUAGGAUACGCAGUGCCUUUGCGUUUGGGGCCAAAAAGCUGGCAAGGUUACUAGAGUGUCCAAAAGAGGACCUGAUUGCCGAAGUAAAUCAGUUCUUCAUGAACACAUGGGAGAGACAUGGCAGUGGCAAUCGACCUGAUGCUCCUUCCCCAAAUUCGCGGCACUCGCGACCUUUAAGAACUGUUCCAUAUGAAGAAUCCAACAGUUCCAGAAUCACUUCAAGCACCAAGAAAAAGAAUGAAAAGGUUGUUUUGCCCGCUACACAUGAUUGUCAGACUGAUGGUGCUCUUCCUUUUUAUGACAACUUUUCUCAGAUUCAAAAGACCAUUAACCAACACUCUCAGAAUGUACAUAGGACAAGUAUGACAUCUGCAAUUUUGCGUACACAGAGCCAGAAAAGUUAUGGAAUGCAGAAUAGUUCUAGGGUUUCCGAUCACAUUGAAAAGAAUAAUGGUUCCAGAGAAUUUGUUCCAGCUGAAAAGAGUCAGAAACCUUUGAAGCCUGAUCACUAUGUGAAUUAUCCGGGGGGACCAGGCAGGUUUCAUUUUGCGAGGACACACUCGAGUCCCGAGCUGACUGACACAUCUUCUGAAGUUUUGUCUCGAGGGAGCCGUAACAAAGUUCCUGAAACAGGCAAUAACUUGAUUGCCACAGCAAGGUUAGAUCAUGGCAGUAGAAGAAGGUACUCGGGUUUUGAUGUUUCAAGGAGUCGAUAUGCAAAAUCUUUUGGUGACCCGUCAUCUUCAAGGCACUGUUCGUCCCAGCAAAGUCUUGAAGCUGCUGAUUCAAAUAAUGUUUCAAACACUUAUCAAGAUGAUGUUGGCUUCGCAAACAUUGUGGAAGAACAUUCAUCUGUGUCUGAGGCCUUGGAGAUGCACCAGGAAGAGCAGGAUUUGGUUAAUAUGAUGGCAUCUUCCACUGUACAUAAUUCAAUUGGGCAGGUUCAAAUGCCAAUUCAUUUUAGUUCUCCUCAUCAACCUUUUCCGUUACCUUCCUCUCUUCUAGCUUCAAUGGGUUAUAGUCAGAGAAAUUUGGCAGGUUCUGUUCCCACUAGUUUUCCUGUGAUUGAGUCUCCACGGUCAUCUGAUAUGCCGUUUCGUCAAGGCUUUGUUUCCUCACCUUUGUCGCCUUAUUUCCUAACCGCCGGCUUCAAUUUGAACUCAGAAUACACGGUUGACCCUAGUAAUGAGAGUUGUGGCAUGACAGAAAUGAACCCAGAGGAAAGUGGUGGCUAUUUGCAUGAAGAUGAUCCUCGAUCUGAUCAGGGGUUUGACCCCAGAAAUGGAGAUUUCCAGGUGCCUCAUUCAGAUGACAAUCAGCAGGAAAUUCUAGGGGGAUUUAACUAUGUUUCUUCAUCACAAACCAGUAAUUCUGGUCCUUUUAUACCAGGACACCACAAAUUUGCUAGAGAAAAUAGUGUAGUAAGUGAAGAACACACUGGUGCUUUCCAGAAUCAAACUGGUACAGGCAAUGAUACUUACUCUAGUGACAGGAAUGGAUAUAUGACGUACAUUCCUGCCUCACAGGCUAGUCCUCCCAGGAGCAAAUCAGCCUCUGAAAGUUCAUCCGAUGGAUCUGCAAAAACCUCCAGGUCAUCUAGGGAUAAACGAGGAAGAAGAACCGCCUCUCCUGCAGUUCUGACAUCAUUGUACAGGGAAUCAAAGAGCGAGUGGCAGCUGGAGGGCUCAUCUAAUCAUUCUUCAGCAUUGGUAGAUGAUGAGGCUUCACCACAUGCUAGACCCCAUCAGUUAUCUGGAUAUGAACCAGCAAAAAUAAGUGGAUCAGAAUCUGUGAUUCCUGUUGCACCAAUGAUUGUCAAUGGCUCAGGACAGAGGGUUAUGGAUAACUCUGGGGUCAUGCCAUUUGCAUUUUAUCCUACUGGUCCACCAGUUCCAUUUUUAGCCAUGUUUCCAGUAUGUAAUAUGCCACCUGCGACAGGCAGUUCUGAUGGAUUAAUUAACCAAUUUGACAGGGAUGAAAGACUGGAUCAUGGUCGUAUAAAUCCAUGUGAUCAGAAUCAUGAUUCAGCAGAAAACCUUGAUCAGUCCGAGUCUCAAGUGAGCUCGAGUGCUUUCAGAAGUGCUGAUCCUGAGCCCCCUGAGGAGCAUAAGUCUGAUAUUCUCAAUGGUGACAUUCUUAGCCAUUGGCAAAAUCUGCAAUAUGGGCGGUCAUGCCAGAACACUCGUUACCACGAGCCUUUUAUGCACCAAUCUCCUGUUAUGGUACCACCAAUAUACCUGCAAGGUCAUUUUCCAUGGGAUGGUCCUGGUAGACCACUGACAGCCAAUGCAAACAUCUUAACACAGAUUAUGAGUUAUGGCCCCUGCCUAGUUCCCGUUACACCUAUGCAGCCAGGUCCUCAUAGGACUUCCGAUGUUUUCCAGCAUUUUGGGGAUGAAGUCCCUAGUUACCGUGGUGGUACUGGAACCUAUCUGCCAAAUCCUAAAGUUUCAUUCAGAGAUCGACAGUCCAGUACAAGAAACCACAGAGGGAAUUACAACUAUGACCGGAAUGACAGUGCUGACAGAGAAGGCAGCUGGAUCUAUGCAAAAUCACGAGCUGCCAAUCGCAGCCGUGGUCGCACCCAAGCUGAGAAGCUCAGCUUACGGCCUGACCAAUUUUCUACAACUGACAACCGAAUUGACAGACCAUUGGAUCCACACAGGCAUGAGCCACUUGCGUCGAACCAAGCCCAGAACAGAUCUUUUGGGCUUGCAAACUCCUCACAUAACUCACCAAAUUAGGCAUAUGGCAUGUACCCAGUGCCCACAGUGAACUAAAAUGGCGUGAGUCCAGUUAAUCCUGCAGUUUCACCUGUUGUGAUGCUGUAUUCAUAAUGAGCAAGUCAUUGGGUAUGGUUCACAUGCUGAAUCCCUUGAGUUUGGCUCUCUUGGUCCAGUCCAUCUAUCUGGUAUGAACGAAGUAUCAUCAUCUGAUGAUGUAAACCCAGUUAGGGAGUCAUACGAUCAGAGGCAUGGCACGUAUAAGGGAAGUUCUUCACGUUCUUUUCCAGAUCAUCCCUCUUCACCCCAGCUCCAGAGGGCACUUUAAUUAUUUUUCCAGAUCAAUGGUCCAGAGGAAUUAUCACUUGAAAGAUGAGGAUUUCCUGCCACAGUCAUUUCCAAACCAGGGAGUUGGUGGUGGGGAGAACAACUAUAACAGCAAUCCUUCUCAAUACCAAUCAUUCUUCUCCUCCCCUUACUCUUGAUCGAAGUGGGAUUUAUGAUACUGAUCUUCCUGUACAUUUUGUUAGUGUACCUUAAUAUCCUAUCCGUCUGGCAUAGUUUUUGUAUGUACGCUAGAAAAUGAUUCUUGACCCACUCACUGUUUCACGGUAUGACCAAGAAACGAUGGCAGCGUAGAAAGGCGGAAAAAGUUUGCUUUUUCUUUCUAGGAAUACAUGGUAACAUCUAAAAAUGCUUCAGGACUAGAUGUGUUAGCUGUUUGGGUGGACUUGUUAUGUAGUUCAUUCUAGGAUUGCUAUUUACAGUAGACUAGGUUCUUUAAACCAAGGUUUGCUAGUGCAUUGUUUUCCUUGGCACUGAUACUAUAAAUUUGGCAGAAAUAAGUAGAUGAAAAAUUAUUCUCUUGA